AUGUUUAAACCUGAAGAGAUUAUGAUUGUCCUGUUCUUCUUGGGAAUACUGUUCCUAUCCCACAGCAAUGGUAUUUUGCCUGAAAAGACGAGAGGAGAUUAUCCUGACGCCAACGAGGUUAUGGACAAACUACCUCAAACGUACAUGCUUCAGUCACUUGGAGAUUUUACUAAUUUAAUUUGUGGUUAUCAAGUUUUCUACGAUUCGACAAAAGGGAAAAAAACUUUCAAAAUGUAUGAUUUUUUUCUUUGGUACAUGGACGGUCGUACCUUUCAUCAAAAGUACUAUGUGAAAAAUGUGACUGACUACAAAAUUUAUUUGGGCACCCAUCGAAAACCAUCAUUGCCAGCAACGGCUAGACGUGAUAUAUUAUUUUCUGACAUGGAGUCAUGUAUGGUAAUAAAGAACCCCAAAAAUGGUAAAGUCUGUAACCUGAUGGUGACAAAAGAUACAUUUUCUACACCGCCUCGAAAGUGCCUCCGAAAAUUCCGAAAGCACUGCGGAUCACAGGUGUUCAACUACACCAUCGAUAAUUGCCCUUUCCCAGAACCAAAAAAAUAA